CGUUCCCACAUGUUCACUCACCUAAAAGGUGUUUUGCCUGACUUGUUCAGCUGUCUAUUUCAAAAUUGCUUACAUGUUGCUUUCCAGAGGAAUUCAGAGAUACAUACGAAGGAUGAUUACUUCUAAAUUCUAGACGUCAGGAAUGAAAUACUAGAAGCUUAGAACAUUGAUGCUGUAUGAAUUCUUCAGUGCUGUAUAGGGUCUUUGUGAGGGGUAAGCUGCUGGCGAGCUACUUCUAAAUCAGACACACCUUUGGGUUGGGCUAUUUUGGAAACUAAGUACUCGAUGAGGCUCAAGGUAUGGUCUGCUAGGGACAAGUGAUUUUAUUUUGUGUUUUUUACAUGUACUUUGAUCAGCUGAUGCAGCUGACGGACAGUCUCCUCUGUAAGUAACAGACUGGGGGCGGAGGAGUGGUGACCUGUAGUGAGCCUUCCCUGACUUUUUUCAAAGUGGGAUUGCUGGCUUUCAGGCAGCUAGGCAAGAGAGAAAAAGGGACGUGCUAUGGGGGUACCUUUAUUUGGGGAUAGCAAGCCCUUCUAUUUCCGGAUCUGGAAUGGACUGAGUCAGAAGUUGCAAGGCAAAAAAUCCUGGGAUAAACAUCUGGAUGAAAUCUACUUACUCCAGCAGAAAAGGAUCUGGGAAUCCCCACUCCUCCAGGCUGCCAAAGAGAACAACCUCCCAGCCAUUAGGAAGCUUCUCACUGAUGGAACAUGUGAUAUUUAUCAGAGAGGUGCAGUGGGGGAGACCGCCCUUCACGUAGCUGCCUUGUAUGAUAACAUGGAGGUGGCAGUGACUCUGAUGGAAGCAGCUCCUGAGCUUGUCAAUGAGAGGAUGACAUCAGAACUCUAUGAAGGGCAGACAGCUCUCCACAUUGCAGCUGUGAACCAGAACAUCACUUUGGUGAAGGCUUUACUCAAGAGAGGGGCCAAUGCCUGCACAGCACAGGCCACUGGGCACUUCUUCAGGCGCAGCUCCCAGAACCUUCUCUAUUUUGGAGAACAUGUUUUAUCAUUUGCUGCCUGUGUGGGAAAUGAGGAAAUUGUACAGUUGCUCAUUGAAAAUGGAGCUGACAUUAGAGCUCAAGAUUAUCUGGGUAACACUGUUCUUCACAUCCUGGUUCUUCAACCUAAUAAGACGUUUGCCUGCCACAUGUACAGCCUGAUACUUUCCUAUGACAGGAACAAAGAGGGACCAGGUUCACUUGAGUUGAUUCCUAACAAUGAGGGGCUUACUCCAUUCAAACUGGCUGGAGUUGAGGGCAAUACUGUGAUGUUUCAACACCUUAUGCAGAAGCGGAAGCACAAUCUCUGGUCCUUUGGCCCCUUGACCACUGUGCUCUAUGAUCUCACAGAGAUUGACUCCUGGGCUGAAGAUCAGUCCUUCCUUGAGCUCAUUGUCUCAAGCAAGAAGAGAGAGGCACGCCAGAUCUUGGACCUAACACCUGUGAAGGAGCUGGUGAGCCUGAAGUGGAAUAUGUAUGGCCGUCCCUAUUUCUGUUUCCUGGCUUUAUUCUAUAUACUCUACAUGGUCUGCUUCACUAUGUGCUGUGUCUACCGACCUCUGAAACCCCGAACAGGCAACAAAACAAGCAGCAGAGACAAUACAAUCUAUGUCCAGAAAAUGCUGCAGGAAUCAUAUGUGACAUAUGAGGAUGAACUGAGGCUGGUGGGGGAGCUGAUCACAGUCAUUGGAGCUGCAGUAAUUUUGAUCCUUGAGAUCCCAGAUAUCCUUAGAGUUGGAGCAGCGAAAUACUUCGGACAAACCAUCCUGGGAGGGCCUUUCCACAUCAUUGUCAUCACAUAUGCUUGCAUGAUUCUAGUAACCAUGGUGAUGCGUCUCACCAGCACAGCUGGUGAGGUGGUGCCCAUGUCCUUUGCCCUGGUGCUAGGAUGGUGCAAUGUCAUGUACUUCGCACGAGGCUUCCAGAUGCUCGGACCCUUUACCAUCAUGAUUCAGAAGAUGAUAUUUGGAGAUCUGAUGCGCUUUUGCUGGCUCAUGGCUGUGGUGAUACUAGGCUUUGCAUCAGCUUUUUACGUCAUCUUCCAGACAGAGAACCCUGAAAACCUUGGGCAGUUCUACAACUAUCCCAUGUCCUUGUUCACCACCUUUGAGUUGUUCCUCACUAUCAUUGAUGGCCCUGCAAACUAUGACGUGGACCUGCCCUUUAUGUACAGUGUGGUAUACUUUGCCUUCGCCAUCAUUGCCACCCUCCUUAUGCUCAACUUGUUAAUUGCCAUGAUGGGUGACACCCACUGGAGAGUGGCCCACGAGCGGGAUGAGCUCUGGAGAGCCCAGGUUGUGGCUACUACUGUCAUGCUGGAGCGGAAACUGCCACGGUGUCUCUGGCCUCGCUCUGGAAUCUGCGGGCGGGAGUAUGGGCUAGGGGACCGAUGGUAUCUCAGAGUUGAAGACAGGAUUGAUCCCCACAAACACAAGAUGAUGCGGUACACAGAAGCAUUUAAGGCUCAGGAUAGGGAUAACUAUGACAAAGGUUUGGAAAAGCUGGAAAUCGAUAGGGACAUUCUGUAUAAGAAGGAACUGUCUGCUCUGUCAUUGUCACGGAGCACAUCCAGGACUAGUUCUCACCGUGGCUGGGAGAUCCUGAGGUGCAACACCUUCCAUCAACUUCGUGGAGAGGUCAGUCAUGCCAUGGAAGAGGAGGUCUAUGAUGUCUAAGAAGCCUCUUUUACUCCACAACAUGGAUGACUUUUGCCACAACAGUUGUCUUCUCCAACUGUUCAUACACACUCCAGCAUGCUACAGGCAUUCAUCAGCCUUGAUGAACUCUGGUGGUGAACAGUUAAUGAACAGCUCAUGGCAUCUGUGCUAUGACAUACGAAUGCAGUCUUUUCUCUCCUACAUUUGAGUGUCUUUGCUGUUGCACUGAUGUUUGCACCAAGCUGGUGGGAUUGUUGGGCUAAGGUCUGUGGUGAUUUGUCAUGCUUUGCAAUGCCCUACAGAAAUGAGCAAAAGAAGCCAGCAAUGGGAUUUCAUCCAUUUACAAAGAAGCGAUCAGUAAACCUUCUCCCAGACUGUUAUGUACAGUAUAGUCGCUCCCUCCGGUUUCACAAAAUCCCAAUGCUCUCAUAGCAGAGAGAGCUGACUGAGGUUCUGUUUUAUGAUUUGGUACAGAACUGAAAAAAAACCCCUGUAACUAAGCUCAGGAAUGAAGGUAGUUGCUGACACUGUAAUGAUUAAAAGAACUGUAACUACUCAGCUGGCAUUCAGGGCCUGACAGAUUUUGCCCUCUGAAGAAACGCAGUCUCUAUUAGCUGCAUUUUCAUCAUUGCUAUCUUAGCAGGACUGUUUUGGUUUGGUUUGCUUGUUUAGGGUUUUUUGGUGAUGGGGUUUUUUGUUUGUUUUAUUUUGUUGUCACAUGAAUGCACUUUAAGCUUUUGGAAAGAAGUGAUUGCUGUUCCUGGGAGGAUUCUGAAGAAUCUGAAGUGGGAACUUCUUUUCCUAAUGAGAGCAUGUAUGACCUGCUUAGGUGACUUUCAGCAGUGUGAAAUUUCAACAAAGCUAUUAAUCUCCUAAAUGAGCUGAAGCUGGUCUUUUGUUUGCUGUAGAAGAGUAGGAUUCUGAAUCAUAGUUCUCCGACUUAUAACUGAGCCAUCAAGGUUGGGUAGUGAGCUACAAUAUAGUGCUGAAAGAAAUGGAGAGAAGUGUUGGAUAGAUGAAUAAGAGGUAUUGCAGAGGCAGUUAAUUCAGAAACUGGUGCGUGCACUCUCUCCCUCUCUCUGAAACUCUAAAACUAUCCAAUGAACAACUGAGUCAUCCCCAGUUCCCUUCCACGUACGAUGCUGUGCCAGUCUGUCAGUUUGUGAUCUGCCUAGGGCCACUUUAAGAAAAAUGGAGAAAUGUUCAGAGAAAUGGAAUGUCAUUUCAGGGUUUUUUAUAUUCUCAGGAGUGUGGAGUUUCAUUUGAAUAGAAGUAAGUGGAAAGUAAUCCAUGGUCUUAACAUUUCCUUCCAACAGGACUAGUAACAGAAACUUUGUUUUUUAAGAAACCAAGGUUUAUUAUCUAGCACUAGACUUUGAGCCAAAUCACCCUGUGAUAAUCAAAGCAGAUAAUGAAAAAGCUGAAUCCAGUGGAUUUCUGAUUGUAUUGAAAUAUCACAGCAAACAUCUCCUCUCUUGCAGGUGCUGUAAUGAGCAUCAUGAUCUUUGCGAUUAUGUGUGUUUAUUUAAAUGUCCUCUUUCUCUUACUUGAAUGUGUAUUUAUGCUCCAAUGGAAAACUGACAGAAGACUCUCUCUCUGGAAUUCAACUGCAUGCUUUUGAGUUGACUCAUUUUCUUGAACUGAAAGUGUUGCCUGGUCUCACUCAAGUGUUGUCAGUCCUUCCCAAAACCUUUGGGGUUUGUACUGGUAGUCUAUGGAGAUGGGAACAAUGUGGUACAUUAACCAGAACUGUGAAUUGCUGCUCUAACUGUAGAUCAAUUUUCUUUCCUAGUGAAUAGGAAAUAGCAGGAAGGGGAAAACUGAUGGCUUCCCCCUCCUCCCCCCACCCCCAAGUAUAGUAGUCUUUUCACUAGUUUGAAAACCUGCAGAAAUACAAUUAAGAUGAAGCCACAUAUAGCCAUUUCUACAAAAGGACUCCUCUUUGUGACAUACUACUACUACCACUACUAUUUUAAAAGCUAGUUUGAAGUACAAGCUGUGUAAGCCCUGCUUCUGAUUUUGUGUUCUUUAUCUCUGUAAACUAUAAUAAGAAUUUUGAUCUUCAAACUCAAAACAACAUAUUGACACUGCAGGAGACAGAACAGAACUCAGUUGACAGUGCUAGGCCUUUAUAGAUUUCUGUAUCUGCUCUCCAUAAAAAGAAAAUAAAAAAUCCAGUAGCAGGUAUUUUUAAGGAAGUGCCUUCUCAUGUAAUAUUACAUUCUGUAACAGUUAGCUUUCAAACUCCUUGCACAGAACCCACCCACAGAACAGCAUCAGAACUGUGUGAUUUAUUUCCUGUCUUUGGAGUUGCCUGAUGUAAAUAAGACAGAGAAUCAUGGAAUCAUAGAAUAUUUUGGGUUGGAAGGGACCUUUACAGGUCAUCUACUGCAACCCCACUGGAAUGAGCAGGGACAUCUUCAACUAGAUCAGGUUGCUCAGAGCCCCGUCCAACCUCACACUGAAUGUUUCCAGGGGUGGGGCAUCUACCAUCUCUCUGGGCAACCUGUUCCAGUGUUGCACCACCCUCAUAGAAAAAAUUUCUUCCUGACUGCUAUUAGAAUUUGGCUUCCAGUUUCCUGAGGUGACUUCAUAUUAAAAAAAAAAAUCCUGGAAAAAGACCUUAUACAAAAUGAGGCAGAAUACUUUACCAAUAGUAAAUUAUUCCCCAGUCAACUUUGCAUAAUCUUUUUCUUGAUGAUAAGUGGUUGCAGACCAUUUUUAGUAUUAUUUAUUUGAUCUGGAGGAUAAACAGCUAUAGAAAAAGAAUUGAGGUGGGAUAAGUCAGCAGAUAUAAUGGGCACACCAGAAGUUGGAAAUAUUAAAUUUAAUACGUAAAUGUGGAAUACCUACCCUCUUCCAUUAGGACAUAUACACAUGAGCUGUGCCCAUGUGAGCCUCAGAUGAUGAAGUAAUAGGAGGCACUAGACUAACACUUGAGCUGUUUCGAUGCAAUCUGGCUUAGACUCGGAAACAGCAAUGACUACAGUCACACGAAGGCAAAGCACUUCUGCUGUAAUAUUCUGCACAAAUGUGCUGCUUCAUGAUUUGCUUCAAUUUUUUGCAUUUUGUGAUGCAGUUAUAUGCUAAAAUUCUGAAACAGUGCUGCUGCUUCUUGCUGUUGCAAGGUGUCUUUCCUCUGCCUCUUAACAAUAUUGCAAUAAUUUCAAAGCAGACAUUCCUCCCCUCCUUGAAACUGCUAACCUCAGACUAUCUUCUAUGUUACUGGAGCAACUUCUGAGUUUAUGAUAAUGUGAUAAGAAUGAAUG